GACGUUUAUUGGUCCGGGAAGGCCACCAUCAACAGCAUGCCGAUUCUUGGUGAAAGUGAAGACGAAGACUACAUUAUCCCAGCUGCGAAAGGUCCACAUCACCAUCAAGAACCUGCUGCCCCGUCUAGCGCAGAAAGUCCUCUCGGAGCCGCCGAGAGUGAGUGUGCGUCACCGUUCCUCCUCACGACGACGAAGAGGAAGAUCAUUCAUAGAGGUCAAGCACCCAAGAUCCAAGGAGUUGGCCCCACUGAAAACGGUGUUCCAAUCGCGGCUCGUGGAAAUGUCGACGAUGAACACGCUGGCGAUUGGUAUCGCACUAUGUACAAAAGAUUACACGCUUACCACAAGCCGAAGAGUGAUCAAGAAAUAAUCACCGUACGAGUCAAGCGAGGUCUCGCGCAUUACAGAGACGACGGGUACAUUUCGGAACCCGAACAUUCAUCGGAAGAACGACGGCAAUUCUGUGAGAAGAGGUGGCCUUACGAGCAUCCUCAAGAAGACGAUCUCCAAUCGAAAAAGCCCUAUUCUGUCUACAGGGUAUCUCCCAAGCGAAUCGAAGAUUACACUCCGGCGGACUCGGUCGCAUCAACACCUAGUGUCGUCGCCUCGAAAAACGCAUUCGUGCAGGGCGAUAAGAAAUACCAUGCUUCGAACCCCAGAUCUGACAAGUCUCCUCAAAUUUCGCCAAAGCCAAACUAUGUUCCUCUCCUCAGCGUUUUCAACGAAGAUGACAGCUAUCGCAUGGUGAGGAUCGCUCGGGAGAAUCAGAAGCAGUACACUCCAUCAAGGACAGUUCAGCGAGAGUGGUACCGCAACGUACAGAAAGGAUCUGACAUCCCCCUAGGCGGUUUUCGGAGAGCCGUCGUGUCACCACCGAAAGAUCCCAUCGUGGGUCCCUGCCCGGCCGUGCAGAAGCAGCAAACUACAGCGGCCGACGAAACAGCCGCAUACAUCGACGAGCCGAGCAUGUCGUUGGAGCGAGACUACGAGGAUCUGAAAGCGAUGGCCCAGCUGAGAUCGGCGCAGGAUUCUGGCCAGGAUCGCGCACUGCGACGCCUGUACGACGAGGUCGAUCACCACAUACGCCGCCAGCAGGACGCGGGAUUCUCAACAGGGCUGGACGAAUUCGUAACGGGACAGCGUGGGGAAACUGGUUCCGUCUACGAAACGGUCUUUUAUACUCCUGAUAACAAGGAGGUUAUCAUGCUCGGGAGAGUUAUCUACGAUUUCAUCGCACAUGCUAGCAGGGAGCUCAACCUGAAGAAGGGCGACUUGGUGUACAUUUUCAAGAAAAUUGAUCGCAACUGGUAUGAGGGGGAGUGCCUAGGCAAGACCGGAAUUUUCCCAGUCAGAUAUGUCGACGCUUUCCCCCCAUCGUCCAUCGAUACUUUGGCCAGCGUCCGAAUCCAAGAAGGAGUGGCUACAGGACGCUUCCCCUUCUUCGCGAAAAGCCCCGCAGAACUAGGAUUCAAGGUCGGGGAUAAGUUGAGACUAAUUCGACGAAUCGAUCACAAUUGGUUCGAAGCUCGCAUCGGACAGCAACAGGGACUGGUUCCAGAGAAUUAUCUCACGAUCGUGCAAGAGCCAACCGAAAUAAGCAGAAACUGAUCGUUUCGAACGGCAACGGUCAGAUUCUUGCCGUACCCGGGAGGAGACGGGACAAUAGUCCUUCUCAGGAGACUUGGUUUUGUCUAACACAUGAUCUGACCUGCCUCUGCGGGCGAAAAGCUCGCGUAACCACCCAUCUGACUGAUCCGGAAAUAUUCGACUGCGGGUUCUCGCCAUUCAAGUACAUGAUGCUGAUGGCGGAGAUUUUGCCCGAGUCGAGACAGGUCAAAGUAAAGACUCACUCUAUUUCUUAUGUUCAUCCGGAGAAGACAGCGAUAAAUUAUUUCCGCAGUACUAAUCGGUCCGAGGUGUGCCUAUUGUUGUGGUUGUUGAAUUAAUGAAUAAAUACUGGUGUUUGUUA